AAGCUGCAGACCACGCGGAUCAUUCGUCUGAUUCGUCCUCCGAUUCGGAUCCAGACUACUUCGACCGCCUAAAACGGGGCGAAACCUGCGUGACAACGAAGCGAAACAAGCGGACAAUCGUCUUGGCUGAGCAGCAAGACAAUUACCCAGCAAACGUGCCCAUUGACGAGAACAAAGCGGCUGCAGCUGCAGGUGGGAGUAAAAGUUCUGCGCUCCUUCACAAAUCGAAUAUGAACAGGGCUCUUCUCCACGUCCAAGACGGGAGUUGUAAUUUGGUAAAGCCAAUUUCGAAGCGGGAACUCCGGCUGUAUCCGGUGUCUAGGCAGUGCCGCGAGUUUCUGGCGGUACACGAGGAGGUGGAAGGAGCAGCUUCUGUUACGUCGGGGUUCUCUUCCUCUAGUACGGCACAACAGGCACAAGGAGUACAGAGAGAAGUUGUCUUAGAAAUUUUAUCAAACUUCGAGCAAGACGUGGAUCCGUGCGAUGCAGUGGAGUACAAUUUUGACGAGGACUACCGGCGGUGCCACGAUGUACAACAUCCUCACGGCACAUCAAUAACCGCUAUUCAACAUCAACAAGAAUCGGUCCCUGCGUUCGCACGAAAUCGCAUCAAUUUUCGGAUGGAAAUUUCUUCUACCCGAAGUGGUUCUGCUGCUGGUGGCAGCAGAUGGCCUCAGCACCCGGAUGACGUCGCGACUUGUCCUUCUUCAUCCCCAGUGCAUGACGUAACGAACGGAUCGGCGGUCGGGGCAAGUACUAGCGGGUCCUUGCAAGGGCGACCGUCUGCCCAAUUUUAUACAUCACGGAGUUCGACUUGUUCUGCGUCUGCGUCGCAAAAAUUUUCAUCCACUUGUUCGCAAGGACGAACAUCAGCGCCAUCCACUUCCAAAAAGCAAUACGGGCAGCACUCGGGCGAGCAGCUGCUCCGCUCGGCCUUGGUGGCGGCCACGAAAAGAGCCUGCUUCGGCGCGGACCACAUUCAGGAGGAGAUUGAAAAGAUGGAGGAGGAUGAUGACAAUUUGAUAUUUUUGCAUGAGAAAAACCACAAACUCCGCGAGAAGGAGAACACCACCAGCAUCAUCAAAAAACCGGAAGACGCAGCUCCGCUCGGUGAGGACAACGACGAACUGAGCGAAAUUUCCCCGAUGCAUCUUCAGGACCACGAUAGAGGCCCGCCCCCGUCGAGCAGCCGGAAGACCGUGGACAACAAGAACUUCUUCGACGGCACUACUAGUGGUCAUGCAACAUCAGUAGACCUCCACACGUCGAUCAGGGAAAGCGUCGCGAGCACCAUCGUGGAGCCGAGGCUAUUAGAGGAGGAGCUGUUGUCGUUACGGAAGGACAAGGAAAGGCUUUCUCAACAGCAAACGGCCGCUUCAUCAUUAAAUCCCACACGAAUGUCGUCCGGAAGUAGUUCAUCGUCCACCACCCCUCAUCGUCACAAAAUGAUGAACGUAAGACCGCAAGAGUUUAAAGUAAAGCUCUCCACGACGCCGCCCUCCGACUGGCUGGCUUGCGUGGUGCACCGGGUAUGUCUGAACGAUAGGAAUUUAAAGAAACUCGACCUAUCAAACAUCCGGUUUCCCGAGGAGGAGAAACUUUUCUUGGAUAAGCUUUUUUGCUCGCUGGCAAAAGCCAACACGGAGUUGGAGUCUUUGAGCCUGAAAAACUGCGACUUGGGAACCAGUUUGCUAGCGGCGGUAGAAGUUGCAACAUCCGCGACGGAAGAUUUUGAGGGUACUACUACUGCGGAUGGAACUACUACAACAUGUAACAAUAAUACCAUUGCGGGUGAAAGAACGCUAGAUGCAGCUGGUUCACCUACUACAAAUCCCUCAGCACCGCCGCCGGGUUGUCGUGCAACUAGUCCAGCAGGAGCAAGACCUUCAACACCAGCACAAGAGCCGACUCCUUUGACCACGCACUACUUUUUCCAGUUUCUGGAAGAGAAUACCACACUGAAAACGCUGAUAUGCACUGCAAACAUGUCUGGGUCUGGAAGAAUGCAAGUUUGUUAUGCGUGGCCGACAACACAGAAAAGUCUGUCAUGCUUGUUGCGCUACAGCGCCAAUUGUUUGUCAUGCAAAAAGGCGCUUUGUCAUGCGGUUAACGCUAGACAUAGCCGCCCAGAAACUUGUGAUGCGUGGCCCCGUAGUACAGGUUGCGCAUCAUUCGGGCAUUAGCAUCACAACUUUCCAGACCCAGACACUUCUGCAUUUGAUAGCUGAACCUGGAAAACAACAAUCUGAACGCAGACCAGGUCGCGCGGAUCGCCGAGGCGUUAUCAAAUGCAAAAAUGUCUGGGUCUGGAAGAUUUUAACUUGUCAUGCUAAAUCUAAAUGAUGCAAAAAUCUGUGUUGCGUGAGUGCCAAAAGCUGUCCGCUUUUGACCAAGUUGGAGGGGAGUUUCUCAUGCAGGAAAGGAAUGAUAGAGACCUCAAAGAAUCUGUCAUGCUGGGUCUCGCAUUCCAGACCUCAUGGGUCAUGGAAAACCUGCAUCACAAAUCUUGCAUUCUUCCAGACCCAGACAUUUUUACAUUUGAUAGGCGUUAAUGGAAAACGAAAACACGAAUUUAGAAACCCUGCACCUGUCCGGAAACGAGCACUCUACCAACGGCGUGUCCGCGGGGGGGAACAGUCGGGUGACGGCAAGAUUUGCGGAAUUGAUGGACCAAAAUUCCUCGUUGAAGAAGCUGGGUUUAGAUUUGAAAAACAACGCGGACCACCGACAUCGCAUCGACCGGGCGCUGAUGCGAAAUGCUCGGGCGAGUUUUCAGGAUGUUGUUGACCAUUAUGGGUAGUAGGUGGCAGGGGUUCAAUAUUUGGUUGGAGAGUUGUAGUACCACGGUCUACUUGUCGCAGGAGGAUGUGUAAUCUAUGAGAGAAGCAAGAUUUAUUUGUUUUGGUUUUUGAUGAUCGUGUUUCCAUGUUGACAGCGCGACAGAGUUGUUAUGCGCGUGUGCUGUCGGGCGCUCUACCAAAAUGAACCAGUGAUGUGAAACGAUUGUGAUUCAAGAUUUGUAGUUUUGC